AUGGCUCUCAAUAUCAAAAGCUCGAUGCUCAAGCAUUGGCGAAACAGCAGCACCCCCCUCAGCCGCCGCGGCAGCAAGAAAGGGGAGAACCCCGAAAAUAAGUCCGAGAAGGGACAGUCCAACCAUAUCGUUGUCACGCCUAUCAAUACCGAGGCCGAGUCUCCCAAAUCAUCGUCUCCAGCAGCAGCAGCAGCAGCAGAAGCAACCAAUAUCGAAAUACAGGAGGAACAAAUGCACGAUAGUGCGGCAACAGUGGGCAAGAUGACGACACCCUCAUCAAAGGGCUUCAGCCUCCACGUUACCGUGCACAUCGCGCCCGAGAACGUCGAAAAGUUCCUAGCUUCGUUCAAACCCGUCUUCGACGUCGUGACUGCCGAGCCCGAGUGCCUUUUCUUCGAAGUUUACAAGUCUGCGGAAGAGCCUGGGAAGCUCAGCUGGGUGGAGAAUUGGUCAAAGGAUGUGCAAUGGUUCCUAGAGCACCAAAUAACUAAGCCGUACUACAAAGAGUACCUAGAGUUUACCGAACCCAUGUUCAUUAAACCACGAGAAGCUCGCGCUUUGGAACCCCUAGGGCCUGAAUUCUCUAUGAAUAAGGGGAACAAAUCUGGGGUUUAA